GGCCUUAGGGGGGUCGACCGAUAAACUAAAGUGCGCCAAGAUGCGCAUGCUUUUUAUAAUUACUUCCUUCUUUUCUUUUAUUUUAUUUUCCUUGCAUUUUGAUUUCUCGAAUAACAUCUGUCACGGUGUCACACCACCUCCCUCCUCUCUCUCUCUCUCUCUCUCUCUCUCUCUCUCUGAAAACGCUUUUUUAAACGCUUACGGUUUACGAUUUACGAAGGAGAUGAAGAAACAGUGAAUACUGAACUCUCUCUCUCUCUCUCUCGUUCGCAUCUUCGAGUUAUCCAAAAUUUUCUAGACUUGUAAUUUUAACCUCAAAACCUUCUUGUUCUUCUUCGGUUUCGCUUUAUUCGAUGACCGUUCAGCUCGAAAUCUCGUCGUCUUCUACCGUGGGUUUUGUUGUUUUAUUUCACGCCCAUCGAGGAACGCAGGGAUUAGUGUUAGGGUGUUGCAUUCAAGUUUCCCGCUCUGAAAAGGAAUGAAAAUUUUCUCAAGGUCUCUGAUCUCUCUUUAACGCCGGCCUUCAUUUUUAUUUCUUUUCCCGUUAUCUCAGCACCACCACCUCUAUAAUCUCUUUUUCCUCAACAAUUGUGGUCGUUAUUAUUGCUUUAAUUUCUCCUUCUUCUUUUCUGGAUGGCUUCCAGUGCUAUCUCGUUUUCCAGAAAGAAAAGAUGAAUACCAGAGUCCGGACGACGUUGCAGACCAUGAAAGCUCCAAUGAAGCAUGAAAAAGUAGGCACCUUUGAUGAAAAUCCGAACUGGGUUUCUGUUAUUCAUUGAAAUAAAUGGUUGCCUUUAUACUGGAGAAGCUCCACACUGUGAUAGCUCUUCUAUGACUCGAUUGAGUUGCCAGCUCUGGUGAAAUUCCGAUAUGGGUUUCCGGCUUUGCUUGAAAAUAUAGUUUCGUUUUAAUGGAGAGGUCUCAGAAGGUUAAAGCUCAGAGAAAGUAUGGCAAAAAGGAGAAGAUGGAAUUGCAGGCAAGCAGAUUAAUGGAUUCCGAGAAACCAACAGUAAAUCGACGCCGCUCAAGCAGAGAAAGGAAGAUGGCAUUACUACAAGAUGUCGAUAAGCUAAAAAAGAAGCUCAGACAUGAAGAGAAUGUUCACAGAGCCUUGGAGAGGGCUUUCACAAGACCUUUAGGAGCUCUACCUCGUCUUCCUCCUUAUCUCCCUCCAUAUACAUUGGAGCUUCUUGCAGAAGUAGCUGUUUUAGAAGAGGAGGUUGUUCGGCUUGAAGAACAGGUUGUGAAUUUCAGACAAGGUCUCUAUCAGGAAGCUGUCUACAUCUCAUCCUCGAAGAGGAACACAGAGAGUCCGAAAGAUUUAUACGAGCCAUACUCAUGCAGAAACCCGAAAAUAGAACAAGUCAAGGCUUCAUCACAAGCUGAUACCAAUUUGGCGACAUCCAUCGCAAGGAUUCUACCUUCUAUUCCAGGCAAUUCUUCGGCUUCGACCCAGUUGGCCUCUGAGCCUAUUUCCGAUCGAACAGCGCAUUGUUCUAUUCGGCCCUCAAAUGGGAAACAGCCCUCGAAGAAAGCUCAUCCUUCAUCGGCUUUUUCAGAAGAUGCGCGGGGAAAAGAGAAUCAGUCCUGCACUAAUUCGUCAAAGAACAACAAGCAAUCCCCAAAAGAUAGAGACACAAAAAUCAGAACCCCAGUGAAGAGGCCCCCCAUUGAGAAUAGAUCAGUAGAGAAGCGUUUGGAUCCUCUGAAGCUACAGCUAGAAUGUGGAGCCAUAGAACAAGACACAGAAGAACAAAGCGCAUCAGUUGUUCCUGAAGAAACAGCACCAGAAGGAGAGAGUAACGGUCCUAACAAAAUCUCWGAAGAUAUUUUGAAGUGCCUGUCAAGCAUUUUCCUAAGGAUGAGCAGGAUGAAGAACAGGGGAACGGAACCCGAUAUGUUGUCUUCCUUGUCAGGAUUAACAUCUAAUGAAACCUAUGAAGAACCAGAGUUCAGAGAUCCUUAUGGUAUUUGUUCAGAAUUUGGAAAGAGGGAUAUUGGUCCAUACAAACACCUGUUUGUAAUCGAAGCUAGUUCAAUUGAUCCAAAUCGAAGAACAAACUCUUUGUUUCUGAUCCGGAGACUGAAGCUGCUUCUUGGGAAGCUUGCAUCUGUCAACCUAGAUGUUCUUACUCAUCAGCAGAAGCUUGCAUUCUGGAUCAACAUCUAUAAUUCAUGCAUGAUGAAUGCGUUCCUAGAGGAUGGGAUACCGGAGAGCCCCCAAAUGAUCGUUGCAAUGAUGCGGAAGGCAACAAUAAAUGUAGGUGGCCACUUGUUGAAUGCAAUGACAAUUGAGCAUUUCAUCCUAAGGCUACCUUAUCACUCAAAAUAUACCUAUGCAAAAGGUCCAAAAAAUGAUGAGAUGACAGCGCGCAGCAUCUUUGGAUUGGAGUGGUCUGAACCCUUGGUUACAUUUGCACUUUCUUGUGGAAGCUGGUCAUCCCCUGCAGUGAGGGUAUAUACAGCAUCGCAGGUUGAGAAUCAGCUGGAAGCAGCUAAGAGGGACUACCUACAGGCAGCAGUUGGUAUAUCAACAUCAAACAAGUUGGCAAUCCCUAAGCUGUUAGACUGGUAUCUUCUUGACUUUGCAAAGGACUUGGAGUCAUUACUGGAUUGGAUUUGCCUGCAGCUGCCCAAUGAACUCAGGAAGGAAGCAAUGAAGUGCCUUGAAAGAGGGAGAAUGGAGCCUCUUUCUCAGGUGGUACAAGUAAUUCCAUAUGAAUUCAGUUUCAGAAAAUGGUGGCUGAGGUCCUACAAUGGACUACUGGAAGAUGCGCCUUUAAAUGAUGGAAAGAGGAAGCUGAUAAGAAAAAAUCACAUAUUAAUGUUUCCAGAUCCUGAAACCAAAAUAUUGUCUGUCAAUACAGUACAAUUUCUUUCCUGACUAUUGGGUGGGGUUGAUGAAGGUUGCUUAUUAGACUUCUAUAUACACUGGGUUUGCAUUGAUUUCAUCAGAUUGCACAUUGAACAUGAUCUCAGGUUCCAGGUUCUAGUUGUUUUUGAGUGAUGGACGUUUGUAAAAAUGGCAUUAAAAGGGGGCCCACAACAAGAGUCUUUGUUGGAAAUCCUGAACGUUUGACAAUGGAUGCUCAUGCUCUGGGCCUCUGGCUCACGGCCAAGAAAAAACAAGAAUGCCACCGACUAGGAUGACAAUGACUAACAGUAGACACUCAUCGCCCACUUGGUUU